UUCAAUCUAAAUUCUUUCAACCUAUUGAAAAAUGAGCCUCUUAUAAAAUGAGUUGAGGAAAAUAACAUGGAACACCACUGUCGUGAAAUGCCAUGGCAAAAGGAGAUGCUUAAAAAUGCUGAAAAGGAUUUAAUGGAGGAAAAAUACACGAAUAUUUCUUUUAAAAUUGUGACAAUAUAACUUUUACAUAACCCACGAUGUUGUUUCUAGCUGAAUAAAUCUGCGCCUCAUUGUUAAACUGGAAUAUUUUUUGCCCCCAUAAAUAGAAGUAACACCAUGACGCACAGCAGGUCCCCAUCCAAAAAAACCAAAACGCACGUGUUACAAUUGCGUAACUCAUCUGCAUAGAGCCUUGUGGUGACGGCUUAUUUAAACCUGCACACCGAGGCGACAAGAGACAAACAACCUGUCGGCUCCUGUGACCGUGAAGUGAGCAGCAGAGACCGGACAGAUGAAGACGGACGGCGCGGCGCAGACGUUCAGCGGCAGGAAGCAGAGUCUGAUCGAGGAUGCGCGCAGGGAGCGCGGCAGCGGCUCCGCGGUCUCCCCGGGGCCCUCCAGGUUCGGAGACAGUUUCGUGUUCGAGGAGAAGGACGGAAGGGUGACUCUGAACGUCCUGUUUGCACUCAGUAACGAGAAAAAUGCGGGAUUCUUUAAAACGGGGAAAAUAUUUGAGACGUUUGAAGCCAAACUUCUCCACAUUGAAAGCCGAGCCGGGAGGAAGUCGAAGAACAGCUCGCCCGACCUGGAGUUCUUCAUGAAGUGUGAAGUUCACAGCUCCGAUCUGGACGUGUUCAUCAACUCAUUGAAGAGAGUGGCUGAUGAUGUUCGCUCCAUACCGGAAGAAAAGGUUCCCUGGUUUCCCCGACAGAUAAAAGACCUGGACAGAUGCAACAUGUUAAUAACCAAAUUUGAUCCAGAUCUGGACCAUGACCAUCCUGGAUACAAUGAUUCUGAAUACAGAAAGAGACGGGCUGCCAUCUCUGAACUUGCCUUCAGAUACAAACAUGGUGACCUGCUGCCCACAGUGGAGUACACAGCUGAGGAAACAGCCACAUGGAGGCAGGUUUACCAUCAGCUACGGAGUAUUUAUCCCAGUCUGGCCUGCAGGCAGUUUCUGGAUGGCCUGCAGCAGCUGGAGAAGGAGUGUGGCUACGGAGAGGAGCGCAUCCCCCAGCUCAGAGACGUUUCAGCCUUCCUGAAAGAGAAAACGGGUUUCCAGCUGCGUCCAGUUGCCGGCCUGCUGUCAGCCAGAGACUUCCUUGCCAGUCUGGCCUUCAGAGUGUUUCAGUGCACACAGUACAUCAGGCACUCCUCUGCUCCCAUGCACUCCCCUGAGCCAGACUGCUGUCACGAACUCCUUGGCCAUAUUCCCAUGCUGGCAGACAAAGAAUUUGCACAGUUUUCUCAGGAGAUUGGACUCGCCUCACUUGGAGCUUCAGAUGAAGACAUUGAGAAAUUGUCAACGUUAUACUGGUUUACUGUGGAGUUUGGCCUCUGCAAGCAGAACGGUGCAGUGAAAGCUUACGGCGCCGGACUCCUCUCCUCUUACGGAGAGCUUGUUUACGCUCUGUCCAACGAGCCGGAGUACAGGCCGUUUAACCCCGAGGAAACAGCCGUGCUGCCGUACCAGGACCAAACCUACCAGCCGGUGUACUUUGUGUCUGAGAGCUUUGAGGAUGCAAAAACGAAGCUAAGAAAAUACUCAGCUAACAUCAAGCGCCCCUUUGCCGUUCGCUAUGACCCAUUUACCUGCAGUGUGGAGGUUCUGGACAAGCCCAGCAAGAUUCAAAAUGCUCUGAGCCACAUGAGAGAGGACUUGAGGACCCUUCACAGCGCCUUGGAGAAGCUCAGCUCACCUUAAGACCAGAAUGUGAUCUUCUGUAGAGAUCAGAAAGUCAUGCUGCAUGUUUGGCCCGAGUAAAAAGUGCAGAUAUUACUCAUGAACACAGAAAACGUAGUCUGGUUUGUGCAUAUACUGUGAAGAUGUAAAAAAGAAUAAAUGUUUAUUUUC